AGAUCUAACUUCUCUCAUACAACCUCCAUGAUUAAAGAUCAUGGAAUAGUUGAACUUAAACACCGAGGACCCAAAGUAAAAGUUGCUUAUUCCCAGUAAUACGCAAUAACCCAAUAUCAUCCCACAACACAUCAAAUCGUACCGGCAAUAUCUCGUCAAAAUGGGAGGUCAUAUCGAUUGCUACAUCGACAUUGCCUCAUUCUACGGCUACCUCGCCUUCGUGUACCUUCGCAAGCAAAGAGAGAGCUUAGCAGCUCACAACGUAACCGUCGAGUAAGAUCUACCACCAUCUAUCUUCUUAUCAAAAUGCCUACUCACACAUACACAGGUUCCACCCAAUCUUCCUCGGGGGCAUCAACGUCGGUUCAGGAAACCAACCACCAUGGACCCUCCCAGCCAAAGCCAAAUACGGAAAAUUCGACAUGAUUCGCUCAAGAAACUACCAUGGAGGAUUAAACAUCGAACCACCUUCCUUCUUUCCACCCUUGACUUUACUCGUGAGUUCCCUUCCCUCAGUACCAGUAUAUCCGAAAAUUAACAUCUCAAUAGCCUCAAAGAGCCCUCACCUUCAUCAAAUCCGCCUACCCAUCUGAAGUCUUCGAAAAGAUAUUCCUCUUGCUCUUCCAAAAGCUCUGGACUCCACCAUAUCAAAUCGAUGUCACUAAGCCUGACUUGCUCAAGGGCGUUUUAUUGGAGAGUAAGCUGUAUUCGAGCGAGCAGGUUGAGGAGAUCAUGGGUAAAGCGGUGGAUAAGUCUUGGAAGGAUUUGUUGGUUGAGAAUACGGGGAAGGUUUUGAAGUUGGGUGCUUUUGGGGCUCCUUGGUAUGUUUAUUCCUACUUACCAGUAUUACGAAUGAACGCUAAUUAGAUUUAGGAUGUGGGUUCGUAAUGAUAAGGGAGAGGAAGAGCCAUUUUUUGGUAGUGAUAGGUGAGUUUUCCCUUCUUCAAAUAGAAUCUACAGUUUACUAACAGAUAUAGAUUUCAUUUCAUGUGGGAGUAUCUCGGUCUACCAUGGCAAGAUAUCGAAAUCCUGCCUCCAAAGAACGAUAGCAAACCCAAGCUAUAAAGCUCAAAGAUCCAAGCAAUUUACUUCAAUUGAAAUUGGGAUUGGAACUACACAACAAAAUAUCCGCUUUUUGUA